UGUGUGUGUGUGUAAUUAUAAGUACAGUUUUGAGUGUGUUGUUUUUUAGGAUUCCCAACUUGUUCUUGUACCACAAUAUCUGAGGGAAGUAUUGUUCUUCCCUAAAUAUAUAAAAACUAGUCCAUACCCAUUGAGAGCACAAUUGCCCACAUACAGUAUUGUUUUUCCUUUAUGUUUUGAUACUGAAAAACUUGUAAAAUUAAAUACAGUUUGCAGGUCUGUUACAAUAUAUACUCACAUUGUGGUGUUGCUUCUUUUACUCAAACAAAUGUAAAUACAUGUCUUCUGCCACUGCUCAUUUUGUAGCGUUAGUAAUGGCACUUUUAUUUUGGAGAAUUCAAACGAGUGACAGGAAGUAUGAGUUUUGUUUCUGCUACCUGAACCCACCUGCAGUACACCACACUGUCUCUGUUAGAGGAGUCUGUAGACACGAACCAGGUUCAUAGCCAAACACAUUUACCCUUUGUUCAACGUACGUGUGUUGCUGCGCCGUGCUGGACCAAUACAAGGUGUGAGAGAUGCCCGUCACUGUCGUCAGAGACAAUGGAGUGACUGUGAUCACUGUGGCGAAUGACAGGAAGAGCACGUUACCACUGCUGUGUCAAAUCCUGAAGACUCUUUGCUUCGGUCCGUCGUGCUGCUCAGUGAAAAAGGGGCUGAUGCAGACCAGUGUGACUGCAGCUCUCGGGACCAUACAGAUCAUGGUGGGGCUGUUCAACAUCGGACUCGGGCCAGGACAAACAUUCAUGCAUCCUCGGGAUCUGACUGACUUAGGUGCUGCGUACUGGCUGGGUGCUGUGUUCAUCAUCACUGGAAUCAUGACCCUUGUUGCUGGGCGGAACCCCUCUCUUUGUUUGGUGGGCUUUGCUGUGUUGAUGAACAUCGUCGGAUCUAUCUUCGCUCUUACUGCCAUCGGGCUCUAUGCCACAGAUUUGACAGAUGCCUCUUCCUACAACAUGUGUUUUGAUGGUAAUUACCGCUACUGCAGAUAUGACGGGCCCAUUGCACGGAAUCUGGUGACAGUCAAGGACGCCACUAUGAUCAUCCUCGCUGUUCUUCAGCUGUUUGUCUGCAUCAGCUUUGCUGGUCUGGCCAUCACGGCUUUGACCGCUGAGAUGAAGAAGGAAGAGGGUGGCAAAGAUGUUGAAGAUCAGCAGCCACAGUUGAAGGAAAUCCUCCUGACCAGUCCUGGUGCUUAAAAUGAACUCAGCAUAACACGUGGAAGCAUGACUCUGAGUCGAUGUAAUAUUUGUGCUUUUACACAUACUUGCUCAAAGUAAUCAAAACUGCUUCAUAUCACAGGGACACUUUUUUCCAGCUGAUGCAUGUUUAAGUUUUUUUUUCUAUCUGCUUAUGAAUUAUUUUUUUUAAAGGAAACUUGAAUAAAAAAACAUGAAAUAG